CGAUUUCUUUUCUCUGUCUAACUUUUCAGGCUCCACACUGUGAACAUGCAUUCUGCAAUGCCUGCAUCACCCAGUGGUUCUCUCAGCAGCAGAUCUGCCCAGUGGACCGAACAGUGGUCACUCUUGCACACCUGCGGCCUGUACCAAGAAUUAUGCGCAACAUGCUCUCCAAGCUCCAGAUAACCUGUGACAACUCUGUGUUUGGCUGCAGUGCCAUCCUGCGGCUUGACCAACUGCAGUCUCACCUCAAAGACUGUGAACACAAUCCCAAGAGGCCAGUCAUGUGUGAAGAGGGCUGUGGGCUCGAGAUGCCAAAGGAUGAGCUACCAAACCACAAAUGCAUUAAGCACUUGCGCAUAGUAGUGCAGCAGCAGCAGACCAAGAUAGCCGAGCUGGAGAAGACGGCAGCUGAGCACAAGCACCAGCUGGCUGAGCAGAAACGUGAUAUUCAACUAUUAAAAGCUUACAUGCGAGCAAUUCGAAGCGCCAACCCCAACCUACAGAAUCUCGAGGAGACCAUCGAGUAUAAUGAGAUUUUAGAAUGGGUGAACUCCAUGCAGCCUGCAAGAGUGACCCGCUGGGGUGGAAUGAUCUCAACACCAGAUGCUGUGCUGCAGGCAGUGAUCAAGCGUUCUCUUAUCGACAGUGGCUGCCCCAUGUCCAUCGUCAAUGACUUGAUUGAAAAUGCUCACGAGCGCAACUGGCCCCAGGGCCUGGCCACCCUGGAGACGCGGCAGAUGAAUCGGCGCUACUAUGAAAAUUACGUUGCUAAGCGUAUCCCCGGCAAGCAGGCAGUAGUGGUGAUGGCGUGUGAGAAUCAGCACAUGGGAGAGGACAUGAUACUCGAACCUGGACUUGUUAUGAUAUUUGCACAUGGAGUGGAGGAGAUCCUAUAAUCCACGGGAGCUGGAGGGUGAGGGUUUUCGGGUUGUUCAGCACAGCUGAGAGGAGGAGGAAGAGGAGCAGCAGCAGCGUUCAGUCAUGUUAUGUGUGGAUGGCUUUACCCAAAAAACAGACAAAAGGCACCAUGGAACAUGGCAGGCAAAUAAGUUGCCCCUUCUCUCCUUAACGCCCCAUCUCAUGUAUCUGAGCUCAUUUCCAUUUCCCAGGAGAAGCUUUAAGAAUCUUCAGGGUGGCUGCACUGAAAUUAACCAACUGAAUGAAUGCUGUGUGCUUGGUAUGCAUAACCUCUUUGCUCCUGGCAUAGGCCCCUGCCAGCCAUUGGACCACUUAGCUCUCUCACUGGGUCCUCUUAAGGGCACCCACCUGAGUGUCGAAAUGUUCUGGAUUAUUAUUAGAGCAAGAAGAUUUGUGAAUGUUCCAGAAGUCUGCAUUUCAUGUGCCUGCAACCCUGGUGCAGGGCUGAGAGCCCACCUCACAGCUGUGUCAACUGUUCAGAGAGAUGAGUUAGGGGCCUAUAGUCAGAUAUCAGAUUUUAAAACCCAGCUCAUGCCAACACUCUUGGCUGGCACUCUGUGUCGCCAUCCUGUUCAAUUGGGCUUGCCAUUUCCAGGAUAAGGGCAUAUGAGGUUUGAAAACUGGGGAUUAAAGUGGAGGCAUUCCUCCACCCCAUCCCAGAAAAUCUAGAAGGACCAUUCCUGUGUGAAUAUUACCCACUCUUCCACUCCAGCUUGGGUUCCACAACAUGAUGACUGAUGUAAGAUGAUAUAUACUACAUCCCAGGAGGUUCCAGUUCAAAGAAGGGGACAACAUAUAGUAAACUGUGAGGUCCUGAGGAAGGACUUUGCAAAUAAGUGUACCUCACAGAAGAACCCGUCCCCCCCCCCAUGUCUCUGAGAUUCCAUCUUCUAACCCUCCUUGUGAUGAUGGGCCUGUCCAUUAGUAGCUGCUGUGUUUUUUGUUUUGUUUUUUUUGUUUUUUUUUUUUCCUCUCAAAGCGGUCCCCACCUUCUCGCCUACCAUGCUCUUGUUUCUGUUCCUUUCUACUCUCUCACUUGACCUUUUCUUUUACUUCUCUUUCUCUGUAAGUA